AUGAGGGCUUCAAAGGCAAGAAGAAAGUUCAGCAGAGUGACCACAAGGGCCAAGGUGACCAGCACUGCUGAGGAUGAGGACUCAGAGGAGAAACAGGAACCAGAAGUGAGGACCACUACUGUGACCAUGAUGAGGAGCCCUAUUGGAACUUCUUCCACUCUGUCCAUUUCAAGUACCACUUUCCCAACCACCACAACCACUACCACUACCACAACCACAACACCAUCCACCACCACCACACACACUACCCCAACCACCACAACUACACAAACUACCACCACCACAACAACCAAAGCUUUACCAUUUCCUGAAGCCAAAAGUAUGGAGAAUCCACCAAUGAUUCAUGGUGUUGAGUCACAGCAGGGAAACUCCAUGAUGGGGGUGUCUGGGGGACCUGGACCAGUGCAACCCCCAUCACACCACAAUUCCCUGAUGCAGUCUAACCCAGAAGCAGACAACACAAAGCAAGUCCUGAAUUCUCAGCAGCCAGGAAAGGGCCAGUCAGGAGGAGACCCAGGGCCAGCAGAUCAUGGCCUGCCACCCCAGCAGCCCAGUGUCAUGACCCACAAGGUCUCAGCACCUGAACCAGCAGCACAACCUGCCCCAGGCCAAGUACCAUCAUCAUCACAAGCCAUGCCACCCAUGGACCAGCAAUCCCCUGCAUCAGGGCCAGGUCCAGGUCCAGGCCCAGGUCCAGGUAUGAUGCAGCCACAGGCAUCACAACCUCAAAUGGGCCCAGAAUUCCUGCCUCCAAGAUUUGAGGUGCCACCAGCAAAUGCUGCAGUCUUCCAUCAACCAGCAUUUUUUGAACCUGCUCCCAACACAUUCCAGAUGCCAUACAACCCUGAGGGCAGUAGCAAUAAUGCACCACCAGGGAUGAUGCAGCAACUGCCUCAGCAGCCAAGGCCUGCAUUCAUUUCAGGCACUCCUUCACCUGAACAGUCUAUGAUGAUGCAAAGGGCACCUGGAUUCAAGAGCAGGAGAGACACUGUCAAAGAGCUUCUUGAUAUUGCUGAUCAGAAAUCUGAUGAUAAGCCCUUCAUGCCUGGCUCUGAAAAGACUCAGCAGAAAGCCUGGGCUGCCAUGGGCCGCUUUGGACGCUGAAUAAAAAAUCUCUCCUGCAUUCA